CCGUCGAGAGCCUCAGAGGCCGCCGAGAUCUCGCGGUGGGAAUACGCUUCGCUCUGCCAAGUCCCGAGGAAAUACCUUCGUCCUUCCCGAAAUGGCCGUCGCAGGACCCCGUACGCUCAACCUCGUCAGACAAAAUCAGGCCUCGAUCCAGCAUGUCUGCUCGAGGGCCAGUUCUUGGUGGUCUGGGGUCGAGAUGGGACCCCCAGAUGCCAUCUUGGGUGUCACCGAGGCAUUCAAGCGUGACACCAACCCCAAGAAGAUGAAUCUUGGUGUUGGUGCCUACCGCGACGAUAACGGCAAGCCUUUCGUCCUCCCAUCUGUGAGGAAGGCUGAGGAGCUGAUUGUGAGCCAAAAGUUAGACAAGGAGUACUUGCCCAUCACUGGCAGUGCUGAGUUCUGCAAGCAUGCUAUUACCUUGGCUCUUGGGAGUGACAGCCCAGCUAUUACUGAUGGACUGAAUGUAACCACUCAAGCAAUUUCCGGGACUGGUGCUCUCCGCGUUGGCUCCACCUUCCUCUCGAAGUUCUUCCCAGGGCCAAAGAAUGUAUGGCUGCCAGCACCAACCUGGGGCAACCAUGUUCCCAUCUUCAAACAUGUCAAUAUGGAUGUCAAUCAGUACAGAUAUUAUGACCCAAAGACCUGUGGAUUUGACUUCAGUGGAGCAAUGGAGGACAUUUCUAAAAUCCCCAAGGGUAGUUUGAUCAUGCUUCACGCAUGUGCCCACAACCCAACUGGUGUAGACCCCAAGGCAGAGCAGUGGGAUGAAAUGAGCAAGGUUAUCAAGGAAAGAGGGCUGUUCCCCUUCUUUGACAUGGCUUAUCAAGGAUUUGCCUCAGGAGAUGUAGCCAAGGAUGCCUAUGCUGUGCGCAAGUUCUUGGCUGAUGGCCACAAGAUCUGUCUUUCCCAGUCUUUCUCCAAGAAUAUGGGCUUGUAUGGUGAGAGAGCUGGUGCAUUCACAAUUGUGUGCAACGACAAAGAUGAAGCUGCCCGUGUUUUGUCACAGGUGAAGAUCUUGAUUCGACCCCUUUAUUCCAACCCACCUCUCCAUGGCGCUCGCAUUGUGUCCACCAUUCUGGGUAAUCCAGAACUGAACUCUAUUUGGCUGAAUGAUGUCAAGGGUAUGGCUGACAGGAUCAUCAGCAUGCGCACCAAGUUGAAGGAGAACCUCGCCAAGGAAGGAUCCAUCAGGGACUGGAGUCACAUCACUGACCAGAUUGGCAUGUUCUGCUUCACCGGCAUGACCCCAGACCAGGUUGAGAAGCUGACCAAGGAGUUUUCUGUGUACCUGACAAAGGAUGGACGUAUCUCAGUUGCUGGUAUUGCUUCCAGUAAUGUUGAAUACUUGGCUCAUGCAAUGCACCAUGCCACCAAAUAAAUAUAAAAGUUCUCGGAUUUAGAUCUAUUUAUUGGGAGUGUGAAAUGGGACUUUUUUAUAAUUAAAUAUCACUGAAAUGGUUUAGAAUACAGCCAAUGUUAGGACAUACACAUUUUAAACUUUUAAAAAAAGGUUAUUUCUUGUGCUUAACAUUGCUGUUAUCAUGAUUUAAAGAAUUGCACUGCUUUUCUUAACAAUCAAUAAACACUGCAGCAAAGCUUUUAAAUCAAUCUUGAUGAAAAUUUGUUCAUAUGAUAAACAAAGCAGGCAAAAGAUAGUAACCUCCCCCAUUCUGUACAUUUCUGUAGAUAAGUCGACACCCUACAACUUUAUUUUAAAUUGAACCCAAUGACAUAAAAGACGACCUGCGUUUGCUUUAUUUGAAGAUGUAAUUCAUUCUGAUAUUAUUUAAAACCAAUUAUUUUGGUGUAUAUACAUCCUGUCCCUGCAUUGCAGGUACUAUUCCAUGUACAGGUACUAUUCCAUGUACACAAUAAAAAGUAUAAUAUUU